CUCAUCUCGGUGCCACCAGCAGCAUUAACAGUGAGGCAGUAGGCAGACUCUUUUUUUCCCCCCACACACAGCACAGACAGGAGCCGGCACUGAUGCGCAAAUGCACAGAAACGCACACACUCACAUGCACUGGAAGCAAACAGGAACCGGACAGAGACUCCAGCUGCAGCAUGUCCACUGGCUGCAGUCAGACAUGUAGGAGGAGGAGGUGCUCUGCUCGCUGUUCCAUGUCCGUUUCAGUCCUCUAAGCACCUCCCAUCCCCCCGCGUUCGCUCCCUGGCUCUGCGGUUGCUGAGGGGCUGGCUGGAAUGACCCGGGAGAGCGGGAGACACAAGGAGAUGCGCUAGAUGGGGCUGCCGGCUGGGAGGACUCUCUGAUCCUUGCUCCCUCCUCCUCUCCAUGCCGACAGAGACAGCAGAGCUCUGAUCUGUCCCACAGAUGUAUGCCCAUAUAGGAGGGCAUGGCUGUGUAACGCGAGGGUCUUCAACAAGCACAGCUUGAGAGGAGGACCACCACAGAGACACCAGACCUGCCAGCGCUUCCCACUCCCACAGUGCAAAGAAGUUGGCCAAAGAGAACAACCCCUGGACUAAGCAUCUUAAUUAGCAAGUAUUCUUUCUUUUUCUUUUUUCUUUUUUUUUUAAAUAAAGCGUGCAACGGCAGAGGACACAGUGAGUAAAGGGCAACCCACAGUUUUCCAUUACAAGCUUAACUGGUUAGGAGCUAGCAAGAACAUCUACCAGCAGAGCAGAUGUUCUUGCACAAAGACACACAAAUCAGUAAGUACUGUAUGUCCGUGAGCACACAUACUGACCAAAUGCGUGCGCUGAUCUACACGGUCGCACACACACACACAGCACAAACUCGCAGCCUUGCAUUAAAUUGAAACCAUUUAUGCUUGAAAAACAGCUGAACCACUGCGAUAUCAGCAAGUCUUGACACUUCAGCAGGUUUAUUAUGGAUAUUCCAAAAAUUCCUACCCGCAUACAUCCAGUGGCUACAUUGGCCACAGCCAUGUGUUAUCUCACAAAAAAAAAAAAGGGAAAAAACCCCAAAGCACUUCCUCUUAUAAGGAGAGGGCCUUUGAAGGUAUUAGGAUGCAUAUUGACAUUACAGGACCUUGAGCAAUUACAGGUCUUAUCUUCCUGCCUGACAAACAGUCCGCUUCAUUAUGGGCUUUUAGCUGACACCUUACCUCAGCCUUUCCCACUGAGCCAUCGCUGCUAAUGCAGAAAACGAAAUGCCUAAGAGGUUUGUUAAAUAUACAGUAUCUGAAUUGUUUAACUAUAAUUUUCUUCUUUAAUGGUCCUUUUAAAGAUUCCAUUAGUGAGUGGAUGCAGCGAAUGGCAAUUGAAGAAAGAGCACUGAGGGAUGCAGAGGAGGAGGAAUAAGUAAUGCACUAACUUCUGAAGGAAAGCACGGUCCACAGAAGUUCUUUUAAGUACAGUAUUUGGCAAUUACUAGAAAUAAAGGAGAUUCUCUUUUUUUUCUCAAGGCUAAUUGUGUGGAGAAAUCGUCGAAGGAGAUUGCAUUUCUGAUCAUCGAUCGAUUUGUGUGCUCGUUCUUUUGUGUUGGCAGAAGUUUUGCGUAUUUAAAGUGCAUUGCAGCAAAUUACACACGCGUUCGCUUCAUUCAGAUCGAACUGAGAAGCAGUGAAUGAACAGCAGUUCUUGGCUGAGUUAUUUUUAAAGUUAUGGCUACAAGUGUUGAGCCACAAACCAGAAUUCAUAAAACUAAAAUAAAAAAAGCCAAAUAGUUGCUGGUUUAGGAUGCUCUCAUGAGCAUAUGUGGCCAGCAUCACUCAGGACCAGAAAACUUUGAUUGUUCGCUCAUUCAGAUCAGUGAUGUUUGUCUUUAUUUUUCCUUUUUUUCAGUGAAAAAUGAACAUUUAGACCCAUGGACUAAUCAGCUCUAAUUGCUGAUGAUGACUAAUUGUACCUGCCAUGAGAUAGCUCGUGAUGUUACCAUAGUAACACAGCAGGAACCAUCCUAGUGGGUGUAUUGUUUAUAAAAGGAUGCUGUGUACAAUAUGUUACCCAUUAAUUAAAAUGUGAAAGCAUCUCAAAUUUUCAAUGAUAACUGCACAGAGUUUAUUUAUUUUUUCCACAUCUUUACCAACUAAUCAAACCUUAACGAACCUAAGCCUAAAAUAGACAGCAAUAGUAUUUUUUUAGCCUUAUAUCAGGUCAGGAUGAUGUGGUCAAGCUUUGAAAAGAGUACUGAGUCAAGGAUGAGUUUGCCCUGGCUGCAGAAAUAACCCCAGCGGGGAGUUGUGAAGGAGGAGGAUAAGAAAAGAAGGUAUAGAAAGACACUGUUUGUACAUGACAAAUAAGAAGCGUUAUAGUGUGUGCCCUGGGAGAAGAGGGGAGCAGAGAGGAAGAAGAUGUGCGCUGAAAAAAGGGCUGGGCUCUGUUUAUGGAAUAUACGAAUCAGAUGAUGGAUGUACGACGGAAGGAGAGAAGGUUAAAAUGAGGAGGAGACGAGGGAGGAGAAAAGCAGUGGGAGUAAUUAUGGUGAUGGGAGGAUUAAAUGAAGGAGCAGGAAGGUCUUUCUAAACAUUAUGGUAUUGACUAAUCCAUGAAUAGCAGGUGGUGAAAAUGUCUGACCGCUCCUUCAGCAUUCAUCAAAGCAAAACACCAACUCACCUGGCAGUGCGUUCAACAAUCAGCUGACUGAACCUGAAAUAAAUUACAUUUCACUUGAUUUAACCAAAUGUCAGCUUCGAAGGCAAAAUCCACACACAAUCCAAGUCAGGCAGUGGAAUAACGAAGCAGAAAUAUCGGUGGCUUUGGAGACAGUGGGGAGUAUGAAAACAGUUACAUCAAAUCACUCAAUUAAAGUGGACCCUCUGUAGAGGUCAUUUACUUCACCAUGCUGAGGCCUAACAGCAAAAAGUCUUUAAAUCUUUGAGCAUGUGGAGUAAGCAGACAAAUACAUACGGCAAUGCUGACAAGACCAUCUAUGCAGUGUAAUCUUCAAUCUGCAUUAAAUAUGAAACCAAAUGAAGAAACAAAUUGAUUUUUGUGGUUAUGGGUUUAAAACCAUAAUUAAUGGAACAGCCAGUUCUUUCAUAAUGGACAUUUGUGCCACUGUUUCCUCUGGCAAAUUCAAAUCCAUGUCUUUUCACAGCUCAACACCAUCCGUGAUGCCGAUGCCAAGACGUGACACAUUAGUGUGAGGGAGGAGGCAAACUCAUAACUAUGAUUUCAUAAUGAAGAAUGAUGAACUAAAACAAAGACCUUUAAAAAUGUGCAUCCCAUUUUUUUUAAACGGUGAUCCUGAUUCAAGGCUCGGUAUGUAGUGAAAAAAAUCAAACUAAAUUAAAGCCGUUAAAAGGCAAUAAUCAAAAUCUUCGACAUAGCAGUGUGACUGUGUGAGAGGCGAACACUGGUGAACACUCUGGGCCAUGUAGCAGCCAAAGUGCAGGAGAUUUCCCCUGAGACUGGAUAGACUCCAAAGCCGGAGCAAAAAGAGUAUUAGUAUUAGAAUUAAAUCUAUUAUUGUGCCCAGAAGUACAGUAUCUGCUGAAUGUGAAAAUAAGCUACUGUUUAUCACAUUCACCUAAAAGGUGAUAAUGGCAGCUGUAACUGGAUUUGCAUAUCCCUAAGCCUCACUCUGUUUGCUCCACUCCACCAUAAUCAGUAUCUGUAGAUUACUUAAUCUAUUAUAGUGAAAACACUUAAUAUGAUGAUUUUUUUUAAUCAAAAAGACCCCUCUGGUCUCCAGUAUUAAGAAAAUCACAACUACUUUAGCAUCCGUGGAGGUUUGAAGCUCUAAUAUAGUGCCACGGUUGGAGCCAGCCUUGUGAAACGUUUACCCUUACUAACACACGAACCAUCAGUUGGGGCUUGCUGGUGCUAAUUAAAAUCUUCCUACUUUUAUGUCAGAUCUGAUUCUUAUUUUUGCAUUCUGCACUGGGCAUGUAAAGAAUCCUCCUCGGUCGGUUGUAAGAAGUAUUGCGAGAGAGUUUGUAGCAGUCUCUACGGCUCCGGCGAGUCUUCAUUUCUUCUUUGCAUCCUGCAAUCAAAGCGACAUGCAGCUUGUCUUUGAAACAUAUAAUUUAUGAAGUGAAUUAUGAAAUACAUGCAGAUGUUCUCGAGUCCAUUAAAAACCAGAACGCUGUGCUCAACAAGAGAAAAGCGUCUCAGUCCGUGUCUUUAGAAAAGCGUGAUGAAAUAUUGAAUCAGAGCGUGUUUGAGUGAUUAUGAUGUCAGUUUAAUGGCAUGUUCUGAAACUUAUAAACCAAUCUAAUCUAAAGAGGGCUUUCUGAAUCAUGAAAUUAGUGCAGAGUGUGGGCGAGCAAAUACAGGGAAAUCAGUAAACUAAAAACAUAAGGCGAAUGCUUAAAAUACCUGGAUGUGUUAUAAUGCCAGUCAUCCAUUAGUCUAAAUCAAUUUGUCAGCGGGAUUUAGCACCAGUGCUAGAGCAUUAUGUUUCAGUCGGAGUCCAGCUAUCACCUGAGGCAUUAGGAAACAUAAUGCUUCAACCUGUUAAGGAUCAACAGCAGCCACAGCCUGAAAGGAAAUAGGAAGAGGGCCCUUAUACUGUUCAACAUAUUCCUAAAUCAAAGAAGACACGCAAGAGUGCAAUACUCUAAAAAUGAAACUGUUCUAAAGAAACUCUGAAUUCAGUUCUGGCACUAUUUGGAGUGAAAGAAGUCCCCCUGGAACUAAUCUGUACACAUUGGUCUGUGUUAUUACUAGCACAAAGACUUGUGUUGUUGAUCUGGAAACAAGAGAAACCACCAACCCACCUAACCUUGCUGAAAGGUGUUAAUGAAAACAGCGGAAAAUGAUCAAUGAUCACAGUGAAAAAAUGUGAAUUAACUAAUAAUAUGACAACCCUUUUUUAUUAUCAAAUCAAGCUCAUGAAAGACAUUUUUCAAUAAUAUUGCCUGUGACAUCUGUUUUUAAGGCUCCUCUGUGACUAUUUCUGAAAGAAAAUUAUAUUUAUGUUCAUAUUGCACCAAAAAAAGAAAAAGAAAGUCUGGCUCCUUGGCCUCAAGAUUUUUGCAUGGUACUAUAGACAUAUGUGCAUAACUUCUACUCAGUGUUAAACUGGAUAAAAUUAGUGAGUUUGUAAUUAGAACUACCACAGGUAGAAACAAAUAGUGGUAUUUCAUUGAUGUCCUGUCCCUAAACUGUGCCUAUAGUGUAAAAAUCAUGGGGUCAAGUAGAGCACAGGCUCAGGGCUGUAUGUGAAGUCCUGAAUGACUGCUACACAUGCUGAAGGCUGUAUGCUCAUAAAUUUUUAUCAUUCAUCUGUUUUUGCUUUCAGUUUGACAGAUAGUCCACCAGAAGUAGAUGGUCUAAAGACUAGCCUAGUCUAGCCUGUGCAGACCAUAGCUUUCAUUCCAUAUGGCACCAAGUCUAUUUUCAUUUUCAUUUAAAAUCUGAAGAACCAGAACAUCACACCAGCCAUUAUCACUGCCUUAUAAAAAAUCCAGCACACUUUCCUGCUCUGAGGUAUAUCAUUAUGCUUCUGCCGUUAACCGACUUCCAUAAAUGUGUUCUUUCCACUGUCAUUUACUGGCUGCAUGAGCCUGCCGUGCAUUAUUGCUGCAGGGACAUGCAGAAAUCUGCAAUUAUGCCUCUUAAAAACCAGUGUAGACAUUAUGUAAGCAAGAAAAUGUGUGGUAUUUUACUCACCCACAUACGUAAACAUGUUUGAUUGUAUUACUUACCAUGUAAUACUUUUUGUUUUUUUAUGUUAGAGCUUGUCUCAAACUCUGCUUAUUUAAGCGUCUGCACAAUAUGACAAGCAUUAAGGCUUUCUUUGCUUUUGUGUCUCUCAACAGGUACAGUACACACACAAAACAGCCCCAGCACCCGUGUGUGCGUGUGUGUGUUUGUGGCAGAUCCCUGCUUAAAAAAAGAAACUCCUACCCAUCAGUAAGCAUUCAGAGAUCGUGAAUGAUUGCCAAACAGAAAGCAGCCUUUGCAGUGCAAACCUGUCCCAUGCUGCCCCAUCCUCUCAGGGGAUGGCCAAGGUCCAGGAUGGACACACGAACGCACGCAGCACUGCAAUGUUAGAGGAGAGCCAGGAUGGUAUGGACAGUGGUACCCUAAGUCCUGCCUCCGCUCGACAGGUCACCAUCCAGCGCCACCCGACUCAAGGCUUCGGCUUCAUUGCAGGCAGCCAGAGACCUGUCAUUGUACGCUCCGUCUCUGCUGACGGCCCCUCCUUUGGCAAGCUUCUUCCCGGAGACCAGAUCUUGGCUAUUAACGAGGAGACGGUGAGCGACGCGCCCCGAGAGAGAGUCAUAGACCUUGUAAGACGCUGCAAAGACACGAUAGUUCUCACUGUGCUGCAGCCCCAUCAGUCACCUAAAUCUGCCUUCAUAAGUGCAGCCAAAAAGGCCCGCCUGCGAACAAACCCGCCCAAAGUGCGCUUCUCAGAGCAAGUGUCCAUCAGCGACCCGGACUCAACAAUGCUCAAGGACGACUCUUUGCUACUCAUACCAAAUGUGUUGAAGGUGUUCUUGGAGAAUGGACAGAUCAAGUCAUUUACGUUCGAUAGCCGUACCACUGUUCGGGAUGUGAUCUCUUCCCUGCAGGACCGCCUUUCACUGCGCUACAUCGAGCACUUUGCGUUGGUGUUGGAGGCAGGUGGUCUGGACCAGAAUCAGAAGUUGCAUCUGUUGCAGGAGAACCAGCCACUGACACAUGUGGUGCAUAGAACCUAUUUCCAAGGGAUGAAGUGUCUGUUCCGCAUUUGCUUCUUUCCCAAGGACCCUGCAGAUCUGCUAAGAAGGGACCCCGCUGCAUUUGAGUACCUUUAUAUACAGAGUCGCAACGAUGUCAUCAAGGAGCGUUUUGGCAUGGACUGGAAAUCAGACGUCACGUUACGAUUGGCCGCACUUCAUAUUUACAUCACUGUGUCUUCUGCAAGGCCCAAUCAGAAGAUCUCCCUCAAGCAUGUCGAAAAAGAGUGGGGUCUAGAGCCUUUCCUUCCACUUACUCUACUUCCAACAGUAAAGGAGAAAAACGUGUGCAAAUCCCUGUCUCAGUUGCUGAAGACGUACCAGCAUCCACCACCAUCGGGGAACAAGGUCCCUCCACUGCAAGGAAAGCUGCAGUACAUGCGUGUGCUCAAUGACCUUCCACCUUUUGGUGGAAUACUGUUCCAUACUGUUGGACUGGAGGAGAAACAAUCAGCUACAACCCUGUUGGUGGGUCCUCGACAUGGCAUCAGUCACGUUAUUGAUCUGAAAAAUAACCUCACAACGGUUUUGGCCGAGUUCAGUCGGGUGUCUAAGAUCCAGCUCUACCGUGAGAGCCAGGGAGUGGCUCGUGUGGAGGUGACAAUCCAUGAGGCCAAGCCACUGGUUCUCCUCAUGGAAUGGCCUGAUGCCAGUAACUUUGCGUGCCUCAUCUCUGGUUACUUCAAGCUUUUUGUAGAUCCUAAACGUACAAUCUACUUUAGAACCCCGGGUCAGUCGCAGCUGACCAAGGCAGAUUACAGAAGUUCCUACCAUGCACACCCACGCUCUGGGGCAGCCAGCUUGCCAAGUGGAGGGCGACGAGGAGACGAGAGGGAAAGCUCGCACAGGGAGUCAGGGUCUUCAAGGGCCGUGGUUCCCGCAGAACCUCAGCAUCUAGGCCUGUGUCAUGUCCACCUUCGAGAACAACAACAAUUUCAGGAUCUCCAAACGCAUGCCGAAGCAGAACUCGACAUCAAUGAGAACUUUAUUUCACAGGAGCCACCCGGACGGCCCCGCACAAAGUCAGAUCCCACCCAGCAAAGUACAGAGGAAAUAGCCGGAGUUUUAGAAAACCCAGCAGUGGAGAAUGCUGGAUUUAGAAUCCGAGCACAAACAAUGGGUCAAUCCCAGAAAACGUCACGAUACUUCUGUGACUCCUGCAAAGCCAGGCUUAGGGCAGAGGGUCUCUCACCUGCAAUGAACAGCAGUGGAAGCUCUGGGAAACACUGCUCCAGUACUUGUGCCUCCCGAGAUGGAGGAGCUGUUGACCUGACAGCUCUACCACCACCACCUGGGAAUGAAGAAGAGGACGAGGAAGAGGCAGUUGGCGGUGGAGAGAAGCUGCAACCACCACCACCUGCCAUUGCUGCCCCACCACCUGGCUUCAGGGACAACAGUUCUGAUGAGGAUGACCCAAAGAGAGGGAGGAAGGCUCGUACCAGUGCCAGCACCGCGGUCGCCUCUGGAAAGCUGUCCCAGGCAAAGGAAGAUGUGCCUGUGACACUUAUUGAUAAUGUGGCCACAAGAACGGUCCGAGAUCAUGCCCAGGAGCUUGAUGACGCUCUGGUGUCCACCUUACAGGCACUUGAAGCUUUGGCUGCCUCUGAGGAUUACCCCCAUCACCCUCAACAGCCAACACAGACUGCAGGCCUGAUUGUCUUAGCUGCUAUUACACCUGAGUCAUCACUGGACUCAGGCCAUGAGACCAACUCUUCUGAAUUGACAGACGUUUCUGAGAUGGUGUCGGCUAUGAAACAGAACCAGAACCAGGCCUACCUGCUGGCUCACCAUAUCAACAAGGAUCGGAUCCUCUGUCGCCGUGACUUUCCCCUGGCAAUCCCUGGCUGCACUGCAAAGACCAUAGGGACUGGGGCCUUCUCCGUGGGUCAGAUCCGUGCUGGCUGUCCACCCAAGCAAGUAAUCCUGAGCAAGACUGUUCCCUUUAAAGUCAGCCCAAGCCAGGACUCUGCGGUUCUCAGUGUUGUGACAGAACAGGCGGGCAAUCAUGAAACUACUCAGAUUGAAUCGAAAGGGGAAUUAAAAGCACCCACCAAAGCAAACACCCCAGAGCCCCCGUCUAAACCACCUGUGGAACUUAAGGCUUCUGGUGCUUCACACACAGAGCAAGUCAGCAAAGAUCAAAAGUUAGUAAAUUCUUCUGGGGAGACAGUGAGAGAAAAUAUCUCUGAUGGUAUAAAGGGGAAGACAGCAGUACCUCUCAAUACAGACCCUGCAAACAAAGCCUUACCUAGUCUCUUGUCUGUGGAUAGAACUGCCACUGCCAAGAUUUCCCCCUCUAACAUGUGCCAAGAUGCCGAGACUGCCUCUAGUGAGACCAUGAAGCCUUCAGCCUCUACAGAACUUCUGCCAGUUGAUGACCUUUUCUGUACUUGUCCAGUACAACAAGAGUCUACAUCUCAACUGAGACUAAAAGACCCACAGGUUCAGAAAAUAGUCGUGUUUCAAUCCUCAUCUCCCACAGAUGAUGAGCGCCUUCGAGCCAAAGGUCUCCAGCUGGCUAACAACAAAGAAAAUGCGGCGAAAAUAGGACCAGAACCUAAUUUGGCAAAACCCAGCCCACAAAUACAAACCAAGUACUCCCCUCGUUUGCCUCCAAAAGCGGAGAGAAAAGAAACAGUUGAAAGCAAAACUGAGGGUGCCCUGGACAAAUCACAACCUGAGUCGCAGAAAUGCCCAGUGAAAUCCUUACCUAUUUUAGAUGAUCCAACAACCCCUAGUCACUCUGUAGAUAAAGUCUCCACUCUCCCUGCCAGAGAUUUGAAGAAACAGAGCAGCGGUAAGGGGAAGUCCCAGCGCAGUGCUCCCUUCCUGAGCUUUAGAAAUCUUCUUUCAGCCACAUUUCCAGCGAGAAUGCGAAGAGAAACAGAUGAGCGCAGGGCUCAGCUGCAGAAAGUUCGCCAGUAUGAGCUAGAGUUUUUAGAGGAGCUGCUGAAACCAAAGUCAUCGCAGGGAGAAUUUAUGCCCCAAGGUUCCUCACCCGUACCUUCAGGAACUCCUUGUUCCUGCCAGCUCCGUUCCAGUCCAGUCCUUAAGGCACCAGGGAUCUCCAGGGAGCAGCGACGCAGUUGUGACUGCAAGCGAAUGUGUAGGGGGAUGCGACUACCUGACACACCGGUUGGCUCUACAACGGAGACUCAAAACAGAGGUAGAGAGAGAACUGUCUCGAAGACCCCUCCUGCAGUCUCCAAAGCCCCUCAAACCCAAGGUGCUACGAGGAGACCUCAGACUUUGGAGAUCAAAACCACACGAAUACGAUCUACAAGUCUUGAGUCGAGAGAGCCAAGAGGAGAACAUGGCUCCUGCUUGCCCACCUGUACUUCUCAAACAGAUUGCAUGGGAGCGCCACAAUAUAAGAAGCUUCAGAGGCGAUACAGCAUUGGAGAACUGGACAACAGCACUAGCACACCUGUGUAUGCUGAGGUAAAACCCAAAGCCAAAAGUCUCGAGAAGGAGAUGGAGAGAGUGAGAGCCACAGGGCUGAGGCUCCCCACCCCAGUAGAGCCAGUCCACACUCAGUCCCACCAGGAGGGGAAAGGGAAAAAGGGUGUGUUUUUCAUUCAGGGAGAGGAACUACUGCGUGAAAACAAAGAAGGGACUGGAGAGGUGUUGCUGACCAUACCUAGCGAAGACAGUGAUGACAAAGACAAAUGCUGCUCAUUCUGUUUUUGCUACCGGAAGUGUGAGGCUGCAGACGAAAGCAGCGAGAAAGAUGAACUUUCAUACUCAAUACCCCUUCAGGUCCUUCCAGGCAUGGAGCUGGACUCACAUACCUUUCCUGUCGUAAGCAAAACCCUCCAGGUUCUUAAUGCCGAGGACUGCAGCGGGGACGAAGAGGAGGUGGAAGAGGAGGAACCUCAGAUGCAGGAGAUUGACCUGAGAGCCUGCGGUACACUGGAGGGGAGCCUAGCUCGGGUGCAGGCUUUACAAGGGAAAACGUUUAGCUUGCCCGAUGGUUUUCUAAAUGCUCAAUUGGAUGCUAAUGAGUUGUUGGCUAUCCUGCGUCACUGUGCUAACACCCCACAAGCUGAGGGUGAGGCUCGCCUUCAACCUUCGAGGAUUACAGAGUACAAACAGGAGCUGGCUGUGCGCUUCAAAGAAUUCAGAGCAUCUUGUCGGAGAGUGGCGAGUGUUGAAAAAAGUCCAACACGCAUGCUUGCUGUUGUCACGGCUAGCUUUCAAGUGUUGUGUGAACUAACUCAGACUUUCAUCAAACUGGUCAGAGGGGUUCGUUCAGAAGCCCAAAGGCUGCAGCUGUUGAGAAAAGUUGAGGAAGUUGCCAUCAAUUACACUUUGCUGUUGCGUGCAGCAGAAGAGUCAAUGGGGCACUCAAGCAGCUUACCGACAAAAACAGUGAGCCCCCAAGUUUCCUCCAACGCCAAUAACAUGAGCUCCCUCACUCGACCCAUCAAAACUUUGCCUUUGCAGUAAGAUGAAAUCAGAACAGUCCCGAAUGUGGGUGGCAACUCUAUCCAAAUUCAUUGUUUAUUUAUUUAUUAUUUACAUUUUUUUACGAGAUGUGCAAUGAAUCAUCUUCAGUAAAAAUUGCAAUGCAACUGUUCCAUCACAUGUUUACAGGCCCUGAGGUAGCCUCGUGGAUCUUAUUAUGAAGUAGAAAGAUACACCAAACUAAUGCACAAUGGGAUAAGAACCCUACACAGACUGGAUGAUACAGGGCUAAUCACCUCAUAUCAAUAUUCACAAUAUACAUAAAUGAUUAUAGUAUAAUAUUUUAUAUGUAAUGUAUAUUUGAGUUGUGUCUACCUAGCAAAUAAUAUAAAGUUUUGUGAAGAAAAAAGGUGAAGAAUAUAUUUGAAAUGUAUUGAAACAAGAGAACUAUUAAAAUUAUAACACAUCAGAAAUAUAUGUAUGCUUUGGACAAAAAUAUUUCAGAAGUCUCGUCAAGUAUAGCAACUUCUGUAAAGUACGUAGUCCAAAGGGUUGGCUGGUUGGUUAGAUGGUGUUAGAUGGUGUUUGUGUUUAUUGAAUUUUCUGUUGUAAUGCAAACUGGUCUCUGCUAGCUAUGUUGACAGUGUGAAAUACUGAUACAAGAGUCAAAAUGUAAGUGACAGUGUUGGAAAAUGAAAAGCACUCAAAGACAAGUAUAAAUAUUUAACUAUACUGAUAACCACAUGCCCUUUCUCUCACUAUAAAGGUGCAGGUAUGAAACAGACCUGCUCAGGGCAGAAAAUGUAGCAUAGAUUCAAGUCACAAUCUUAUUCACGGUACAGUAAUGAGUGUUGUUACCUCAUUCUGCUGCAGAGAAGGCAUACCCACAAUGUACUUAGUAACACAGACUGUAUUUUAUGCCACCUCUAAUCCAUAGCUCACUUGCACCUCACCAAUUGUUAACAAUAGUUUAUACACACCCACCUGCAAGUGAGUAGGCUUAUCCUUAGGACUUUGCACAACCUCUGAAACUAGUUCUGAAGUUGAACUGUAUCUUUUAAUGUUUGAUUCGCUGUUUCCAAGAGAGUUAACGCCGCUAUUUUUUUUUUUCACAAUUCAUCUCCUAAAAGUGAAUGCUGAUCAAUUUUAAAAGAUUCCCCUGUUUUUAUUUAAGUUUUCAGAAACAAUAUAAACAAAUUUGCUUUCUAUGUGCUGUUACACAUUGUGCAAUCUAGCAAAUAUUUAAGAACACAUAAAGUAGUUUUCUAUGUAUUUUAAUAAAACUAACACAUCAUUUCCUGUCUGAAAUCUUCUUUGUGUCUCAUCCUCUUGUUAUUCCUGGAAAUUACAGCAAGAGCCUUUAGAAUUUAUGCCAGCCUAACGUGUGUAGUGGAUGUGCUAUUAAAAGAAAGUGCUGUGAAACCGUUUACCAAUUAUCAGAGGCAAUUGGGCUAAAUAACAAAAAUACACAGGAAAUGCAACUUACUGUUUUGAGUAAAAAUAAGAUUGAUCAGUCAGUUUUAAAUCUAAUGGUUUGCAUGAUUUAAGAAAUCAUCUGGUCCACAAAAGGUCUUAAAAUAAACUGCAAACAACCUCAGAUGAAUAACAACACAUGAUCCAGUGCACCAUGUCAUUAUUUUAUUUUAUUUUUUAUUUCUUUUUACAAAAACUAAGCCAAACUGUAGAAGCAGUGUCUGAAAAAAACCCAGAGACACCCUGUGCAUCAGUAGCUUGCAGAACCACUUUUAACAGGAAUAACUUGAAGUGAUUUUUUUCUGUUUGACUUAUUCAUCAAUCCCAUUGUUGUGGAGAAAUUUUGGCCCACACUUCUUUGCAAAGUUGCUUAUUUAAAGUGGAGUUUACAUUUGUUUAUGCACAGCACUGCAUUUGAAUCCGAUUGAGGUUUGGACUUUGACUAGGCCAUUGCAACACCUUGAUUCUUUUCAUUUUCAGACAUUCUGUAGAUUUGCUGCUGUAUUUGAGAUCAGUGUCAUGUUGCACAGCUCAAUUUAGCCAUCAGACAGAUGGCCUUACAUGUGACUCUAGAAUAUUUUGAUAAAUGAGUUCAUGGUUGACUCAAUGACUCCCAGUUCCUGUGGCUUCAAAACCUGUCCUGUUUAUGCUGAUAUGUUGUUUUGGGCUUUCACCACUGUGAAUUAUGGAGAGACAGACUUCUGAGGUCUUGUGGUCUGUUCAAAUGCUGUCAUGUUUUUUUAGAGAGAAGAGUCUCCUGGUAACCUUUCAAACAAGACUUACUUGUUUAGUUUGUUUAUAAUUGAACUGUCAUAAAGUUUAAAAUUUAACAUGCUAACUGAGCCCAGUAAAAACUGAGAUGUAGCUCUUGGGUUUUUUUUGCAGUUUCUCUGAGCAUUGCACAGUGUGACCUGGGAAUUUGUUAGGAUGUCUAGUACUUGGCAGAUUGGCAACUUUCUUGAAUGAUUUCCACUUUUGAAUAGUUGAAUGAUAGCCUUCAAAUUCUUUGGAAAUGGCCGUUUAACCUUUCCCAGAGUGAUGGGUAGCAAUAAUUGCUUCUGUAAAAUCGAUGCUGAUUCCUUUGAUCACAAACCUGAAUCUUGCAGAUGAGCACUGUCAGAACAUCUGCUUUUACAGAGGUGCUCACACUUGCUUAACAGAUGAUCAGUUUACCAAGUACAUCUAAUUAGCAGCCCAUAGCUGCUGCUUACAUUUGUGGUUUCUAUAGAAGCAGGAAGGGUGUACAUAAUUUUUCACAUGAUGCUUCUGCAUUUGGCUUAAUUUUUUUAAAUUUUUUGAAUAAAUAAAGAAACUUUAAUAUUUCAUGUGUCAAGUACCCUUAUGAAGAUACCGAGGCCAAAACAUUAACAUGUUUGUUGGCAAGGCAAAAUACAUUGCGAAAUUAAGAGUUGUUAACUAUUUACCUUAAGUUUUGUGCUAGUGCUAACUUAUCCCCCCAGGAACUCGACACUGAACUUAAAAUUUUUUGGUUUAGUACCACCGAGUUUUAUUUACUUAAUUUUAUCACCUGGUAAGGACCCGAUGAUUGUUUUUAUCAUGUACUAAUAAGUAAAUCUUAGAACUGAAAGAGGGUGUGCUCUUUUUUACAUAAAUGUAAAUUAUGAAAACAUCUGUGACAACACUGCUUGUAAGGAUGCUGAAUGUCAAGCGGUAAACAUGCUGCAUAAAGCUAACUUGCAAAUGUUCAAUAUUUUAGCAUUUACAUUUAAUUUAAGCACACCUAAAAAAAAAAACAACUUAAAUUAUACCAAAGUGUUUCUUUAAACAUAAUCUCUUUUAUUCAAUUAUUUUUUUAAAUAGAUUCAAUCUUUGAUUACGGAAAUAUACCUCUGAGUGGUUGUACAUUAUCCUCAUAACAUAAAUAAUCAUCAGUAACAGCAAAUGUGGCACUUAUUACACCUAUACUGUGAUAUGCAUUUUGUAUGAGAGUUUCACCUUCAGUAUGAAGGCCAUUGGCACUGGUGUCUUGGUUUUAAUGAGCACUUUCUUCUAAAAGUUUUUUUCCUGUUGAUGUGUCAUUUCCAUAACCAUAAGCAGUGUUUUCUUCUUCACUGUACUGCAUGUUUCCCUUUACGUAUUACACUUUCAGGGGCAGACACUUUGACCAUUGAAGGUAAAGAUACUAUUUGUAUAGAUCAUUUUCCACUUCUAAAGUAGAAAAAAGAGGCAAAACUGAAAUGGUAUGAUGGCAAUAUAUUAAUGUUUUGAAAAUGAUAUUCAGUAUGGAGAUGUAUAAUUUUACAGUGAAAAUGUACAUAAUAAGAUGAUUCAUUAAAAAAAAGAAGAAAGAAACACUUUUAAAGCAUCACUUGUAUUCAGAUUUAUCCAACACUAUGCUAUUUUGUAAAUAGGACAAAGCAAGACAUAUCUGUAUGGUAAUUAUUUAUAGUAGUAAUGUAACAUAGUGACUAAUAGCAAAACAUAUAUUUUAAAGACUAUAUUAUGAUUAUAAAGCAUGGGACAUGUUUAUUUUUAUAAUCAAAAAUAGCAGACAAUGUUCCCUCAUCAGCAUAUUUCCACAUUAUAAUAAACAUUCUUUGUGGUUGUCAUUGUUCCAGUUGCUUUGCUUAAACUGUGUGGAGUAGUCUGUGCUUCAUUCAUACGAAGAGCUCACCCUGAUUGAUCCAUUGUUUCUUUAUGUGCACCUAUUCAUUCCUGUCUUUAUUUACUGUCAAUGAUCUUGUCGUCAGUGUGGUCUUCUGUCUGUGUACAAGUUAACCCAUGUUUUAAGAGCAAUAAAGCAUAUUAUAUAAACUUCUUCAGAGAAUUUGACAAUGACAUUGCACGCACUAAAGUCGAGCUAAUGCCAGGCUGUCCAUUAAAAUGACUUUGAACGAGUAAGUCAUGUGAAAGACUACCAGGAAAGGUUCUUGCUGCUGUCUUACUGCCUUUUGCUAAAAACUGAUGUUGACUUAGCAGUGCAAACGGCACUGACUUGGCACAAUACCAACUACUGACAUGGCUAUGAUAUUGCAUAUAUUUUCCUGUGCUGUGCUUAAUGCUAAAUAUUCCAAAUCACAUCAGGCCACAACCAGAUUAGCCAAAACAAAGCAGUAAGAUUGUGGAAGUUACAAAAGUGUCAAUAGUUAAAGAUAAAAACAACAGCAACAAUAACUUUCAGUGGAAGUAACAGAGCAGAGUUCCAGGAAAGAGGUGUAGUUUGUUACCCCUGAGAUGAAUUGUACCAAAAAGCUAAUGCAAUAUUAAAUCAACAGACACUACUUCCACCUUUACAUUGUGCUACAUUCCUGUUAAAAGAUAUUUGCAGCCAAAUUAGGUGUUUAAUCCUCUCCAUUACUGAGAUCGCUCCACUCUUCCCCUCCAACAUUUUUUGUGCAGCACAAGUAUUGCCCCUUUGGACAAAUAAAUGCAUGAGUAGAUAACAUAUCAUUUAUCCAGAGUGUCAGCCAUUUUCCUGAAGCUUCUGUUACCCAGCAUGUUUAGUGGACACAUACCUUUGGCCAGAUGAAAUGUGAUUGUGUGGGUGAUUGUAGUAUGUUUGUGAGCUGGAACGAUAAGUUCACGUGGUGUACAGUCUCACUUUCAUGGACAUCAGGGUAAUGUUGGACAAUUUCCAUUAGCGACCAUUGCCUUGUUGUUCUUGUUCUUCAUGCAUUCAGCAUACUGCAGUUUGUGGUGUGUUUUGAGGCACUCUUCUUGGUUAUCGUCACUUGCAUUAAAUCUGAGUUGAUGAUGAUCCACUUUGAAGAACAAGCCUUUUACUUUCUGCCAGACUUGUCCAGGAAACUUCAGCACACAUGCAGGCACGUGGGCGAACACUGAUUUGGGGAGUGCUUGAUUUGCUUUGCAUGCUAUUCACAGAGUACGCAUUUAUCCAUCUGGUUCCAUGAAAACACAGCUUUACGAAAUCCAGAGUUUAAUUUCCUUAUUUAUACGGUCAGUGUAAAGCACAUAACAGAACAUAUGUACAGACUCAUGUGUCUGAAAACAUGAAAUAGCAGUUUGUUAUUGUGUCUUAUUAUGUUUGAGAUGAGCACUUUUAUAAUCAGGCAUUGAUGAAAGGACAUGGAUGGUCAUCAGUGGACACCGUGGGUUUAUUUUCAGCUCAGAAUAACAUAUAUAUUCUACAUCUUUCUAAUACUGUGUCUCUGUGGACAAUAAGGCAGCUGUUAGACAGUUUCUCUGAUAGGUUUGCCUUCUGUUACUCUGUUUAAAUAAAAUUACAGUAUGGUAUUAGACUCCAGUGAUCUAAUCAAGCCAUGGGUAAAAUUUAUUUAGUGUGUUGAAAAUGUGUUUUUUCUAAGUCAUCUUAAGCCACAUAUAUAGCAAUUACAUUUAUAUGGCUGUUAAAUCUAAACACAUAAAUAUACCGAUCGUUGAUAGAAUUAUUUGUUUUGGUGUAAGCGGUCACACUGAUGGAGAAAUGUGUGUCAAACUAUCUUU